CUUGAUUCACUGCCGUCCUCUGGACUGUCGCAGAAAGAUAACCCUGGCCGGCGUUUUGCAACACAACCCGACCCCCGAGAGCACGGCUUCAUUACCCCCCUCGCCCACACGGCUCACAGCCAGAUGGCGCUUCUGGCCAAUCAGAUCAUGGAUGCCAGAAUUCUCAGCAGCAUGAACGGCAGGGUGGAGCUCUCCCAGUUUCUGAGAGUCACCAGCCAGAGCAUCGUCACGCAGGUCGCUUCUGCCCAGGAGGACAACCGCAAGAACAGGAAGUACCCGUGUCCGCUGUGCGGGAAGCGCUUCCGCUUCAACAGCAUCCUCUCCCUUCACAUGCGCACGCACACGGGCGAGAAGCCCUUCAAGUGUCCGUACUGCGACCACAGGGCCGCACAGAAAGGAAACCUGAAGAUACACCUUCGAACGCACAAGCAAGGGAUUCUGGGUAAAGGCCGCGGGAGGGUCCGGGAGGAGAACAGGCUGCUCCACGAGCUGGAGGAGCGGGCCAUACUCAGGGACAGGCAGAUGCGGGCGGGUCUUGUUAGCGGCGAGCAACCUCAGACCUCAUCACUGGUCCAGAAGCAGAACCUGGGAGCCGUCCCAGCAGAACCCCUGUUCUUCAGCGGCUCUGCUGCAGCAAAUCUGCAGCCCAGCGCAUCCGCCUUCCCCAAGGUGACAAGCGUUCUGGAUGAGCCCCUCCAGGCUCAAGCCAGCGGCUUCCGCUGCUCCUUCUGCAAAGGAAAGUUCAGGAAGCAGCAGGAGCUGGAGCGCCACAUCCGGAUCCUCCACAAACCCUACAAAUGCACCCUGUGUGACUUUGCCGCCGCGCACGAGGAGGAGCUGAUCGGGCACGUGGAAAUGGCACACAUAACUGCAGAUCUGGGCUCGGGGCAGAAACCCCCAGCAGGGACGGGCGAUAAGGGGAAGCCUGCGGGUGAAUUUCCCUGUGAGGUGUGCGGCCAGACCUUCAGCCAGGCCUGGUUCCUCAAAGGUCACAUGAGGAAACACAAGGACUCCUUUGAGCACUGCUGUCAGAUCUGUGGCCGCCGCUUCAAAGAGCCCUGGUUCCUGAAGAACCAUAUGAAAGUCCACCUCAACAAGCUGGCAGCCAAGAGCCUCCCCGGUGACCACAACUCUCCCUCCGACACGGGAGGCCUCACGCCGGAUCUUCAGAGCAGCAUCUACUCGCAGCACAUCCCACGCAUCCACAACAGGUUCCUGAUGUCUGAGCGAGCAGAUUUGCCAGAUUAUCAGCAUGUGUUGAGCACGGCAGGCAGUGAGAUGAAGGUGAGAGAAAUGUUAGGGAGGAUGAUGUCGUCAGGUCCAGGACCUCUGACAGAUCCAGACGGUUCUUCUCUGUUGGGCUUCAAUCAUCUCCAACCUCCUCUGAGCUCCACCAGCAUGGAAUAUCUACGGAGAGUCAUCUCCACUAGAGAUGCUCUCAAUAACAGCAGCACCUUCACAGGAUGGCAGAUCAUAACACCUGGGCUGCCUGUUGAGCAGCAAAUGUUCAGUGCUAAAGACCAGCAGCAGCAGCAGAGAUGCUCCUCCUACCUGAGUGAGAGGAGCCUCCCUGGAGAUGAUGGGAAACCGGGUCUCAGUGACCCGGACAGCAAAGCACUCAGCAGACCGGGAAGCCGAGGGCCGGCAGAGAUGAGCAUGGAGGCAGGUGGUGCCCUGGACCAUCCGCUUCAACCCUCCUCCCCCUCUGCAGGUGAGAAAGUCUUCAGGGGUCAAGUCUCCGGGGACUACGCCGCCGCCUCCGCCGCUCGCUCAGCCUCCCUCGGCUUCCGCCACGACCGCUUCCAGGUCCCCCACUGGCAGAACAGCAGAGAUCUUUCCUCCCCGCUGCAGCCCAGCAGCAGCAGCAGGAGCUCCAGCCCCAAAGCCAGACCCAGAUCCAGGGAGGACUGGAGCCCGGCCACGGCUCAGUACGUCAACCCGGAGAGCCUGCUGGCCAGCAGGAAGUCCGAGGCCUCUGACCAAGACGCAGGAGGUGACGGCGCUCAGGCCAGGAAGUCCCAGUACGAGCCUCUGGACCUGUCCGUGCGUCCGGACUCUCACUCGGCCGUCUCUCCCGCCGUCCUCCUGCAGAUGUCUGGCCUUUUCCACAACGGACUCUCGUCCUCCGUCAGCCGCGGGCUGCAGGGUUCCUCUCAGGCACCGGCUGAGCUGGGCGAGAGGCCCGCAUAUCAGCGUGACCUUUUGGUGCAGGGAACAAACGAGGAGAUGAACUCACAGAAUGCAGCCCCUAUAGGUCAAGACUGUGAAGGUGACUUCCAAGAAGACAAAAGUGAUGAGGAGGAUGACAACGCCACCAAGUGGAAGACGCUGAAACAGGACCUCCUGGAGCUCAAGGAGUCGGGACAGGCCAGCGCCGACUUAGAGGCGGACAGGAAGCUAAAGCGGGGAAGAGCUGCCUCCUCCCUGGAGAGUCUGACCCACGUGGACCCCCUCCAACACCAGGGUGUCCUGCUCUCCUUCCUCAGGUCCCAGGGGAGCCUGAGCGGCGCGCCCACCAGCGCGCACCAAGCCGGUCUGAACGGAAACACGGAGAAAGAUGUGGCGUCAGCCCGGAAGCCGUUCCAGUGCAGGUACUGUCCAUACAGCGCGUCCCAGAAGGGCAACCUGAAGACCCACGUCCUGUGCGUCCACCGCAAGCCCUUCGACAACAGCCUCUACCCCGACCGCCGCCUUCGACGCUCACACGCGCCCCAGCUGCCCCCCAGACUGCCCGUGGGUGUCGCGGGAGGCGACGGCGCGUCGGGAAGGGACCAGAUCGGCUCCACAUCGCUGUGUGGGACUUGAUGUUGCCAUGGCAACUGCAGAUACAGACGGUUCUGAUUCCCGCUUUAGCUUCACCUUGAAGGGGUUUAGGAUGAUGGAGAUAAUUUUAACACCAUGAUGUACAUUCCAGUGUUUACUUGAAGAGCCACAGUACGUAUUUAUCUGUAGCAGAAGACGCUGCCUAUAUGAAUAAAGUCCAUUGUGAUGUGACGUGUA